UAUACGAGUAUAACCUGGUUUGGGUCAGUUUACGCUUUAUAAUCCGCGAAUUGUCCACAUUGACCUGUUCUUCAAGUAAUCGAUUGACCAAAGCGAUCGGGAACAUGCUUGUUAUUUACCAAUGACUCUAGUUCCGUUGGUUUAUUGUAUAUCUGCGUCUUUGUUUGUUAAUACGUCUGACCGCCGCGGUGGUCUAGAGAUAGAGCGUUCGCCCCGCAUGCGGAAGGUCGGGGUUCGAAUCCCGGCCGCGACAGACCUAAAAUAGGUAGUGACAGUUCCAUCGCCAAACGUUCGGCAUCAGGUGUGAAUGUCACGGGUCCUCGGAGAGGACAUUAAAAACGGAUGUCCCGUGUCACAGCAGGUAGAGCAUGCUAAAGAACCCUCACUGCUCAAUGGCCGUAAGCGCCGAGCAUAGGUCUUAGUGACGUUAAACAAGAUACAAUCAAUCUGUUGCAUGACCGGAAGUGAUUUUUAUUUUUUUUAAUUUUUUAUUUUUUGGUGGAUUUAGGAUGUAUGUGUGCGGAAUGAUAUUGUUUUGGGUUGUAACAGAAUAUAUUGUGGAAUGAAAUUUUCCUGAUGUGUUACAGAAUGAAAUUCUUUUUGGUACAUUAUAGCUGUAUAUUAUUUAGGCCACUUUUUGGUACAUUAUAGUUUUAUAUUAUUUAGGCCACUUUUUUAAAUAAAAGUUUUCGAAAGAUUAUCAAGCGCUUUAGAAUAAAUAAAAACAGGCAAGGACGAGUACCCAGAUAGCGGAUUGUGACGGGACUACCAAGUGCAACCCUUCCACCGGUUAGUGUGACACUUUAUCGUUGUGUAUUAUAUACCUAUAUGAGGUCUUUAAGGUCCACAUACCUAUCUUAUUCCACUACAUGUUACUUGCAGCAGCUGAAUGAGAGAUCUCCGUGCCAUUUUUUGAAUCAUAAUGAAGGUAUUCAGGUUCAUGUAAACUAGGGUGUUAAAAGUCUUUAAUUAAAACUACACGGAGCGACUUGGGGUUUGGUUUCUGGUCUUCUACAAUAUAUUAACCUUCAUGCACUAAAUAACUUUCUAUAAUUAAAACGACCCGAUGUCAAUUCUGUUAAAUACUCGCUCGAUUGCACCUGCUAACACGACAAAUGAAUGUUAUGAAAGAGAAAUCGCUUCAUCAUCUGAAAUUCCCGGAUAAAUAGUACAUGUAUAUAUUGUAGGGUUCAAUCAAGCACGGACCUGAAAUCGUAUACCCAAACCGUGCAUUAUAAAUGAACGCUAAACAGCGUGCCGCCGGAGUCGGAGCGUAGAUGGCCUGCUAUAAGUUACACUACUUUGCCGUGAGGGGACGGGGGGAACUGAUCAGAAUGUUGUUCAUACUCGCCAAAGUGGAUUUUCAGGACAUUCGCGUAAACGAAGGCGGUGUGGAUGAAUGGGAGGAGUAUAGGCACGGCACCCCAACAGGUGAGCUUCCUUUCCUGGAGGUCGAUGGAAAACAGCUGACGCAAAGUCUCACCAUAGCACGAUAUUUAGCGCGCAAGUUUGGGUUGGCCGGAGAUACAAACUGGGAGCAGGCACUAGUGGAACAGAUUGUGGACACAUGUGACGACCUGAGAGCGGAAAACGCCAAAAUCAUCCACGAAAGAGACGAAAGCAAACUGAAAUACCUUAAAUCAAAGAUGACAGAAGAAGUCUUACCGAAGUUCCAAAAUAGACUCACCAGAUUUCUACAACAGCAUGGUGACAGAUACUUUGUUGGAUCGAAGAUCACACUGGCGGAUCUAGCGGUACACGAAGUGUUCACGACUUUCCUUCAGAAUGAUCCCUCUAUUCUGGAUGAACACAACAGCCUAACAGAACACCGACGGUUGGUGGAACAACAUCCAAACCUUCGUGAAUAUAUCUUAAACCGACCUUACUCUGUCGUGUAACAGUUUACAAGUUCACAUAGUGAUAUCAAUGGCAUAGGCCAAGAAUGUUGUGUUUGUAGGGCCAUGCUAUAAAAUCUGGAAUCCGAUGAUAGGAACCAAUACGUGCCUGGAAUAAUCACAGACAUUGAAUUUCUUUAACGACAUAUCAAGAUAAAACCAUCCACCGAGUCGGUUUUUUUUAGACGUAAUAUUAAUCAUUUUAUGUAGCAUCACCAGCUGUUGAUAAAUGAAAAAUGAUGGACUUUGUGUAUGUAUAUGAUGGACUUUGUGUAUGUAUAUGAUGGACUUUGUGUAUGUAUAUGAUGGACUUUGUGUAUGUAUAUGCAACAAUGUAAGGCGAGUACCUAGUAAGUUGUUAAACUUGUGUUCAAACCUUUUUUUUUUAUGUUAUCAGUACAAUGAAAUACACUCAUAUUAAGGAAUAUGAGAUUAAAUACCUCAUCACGUAGCAUUUCUUAACAUCGUUAUGAAAGUUGAAUUAGCAUCACUAAUGGGGUUUAAUAUUACAGGAGAUCUUUUUAUACAUUGCAUGCUAUGAUAUGAGUAAAAUACUCAGUAGCCGUUUUGUACUUUAGUCGUUAUUUCUAUAUUUUUAUUUUUAUUAUUAUUAUCAUUAUUAUUUAUUUUUUGUUAUGUUAUUGUCGAUCAUUGCAUAUUCAGAAUGCAUUGUUGUUUUCUGUUUUAUCUUUUAUAGGGGAUUCUACAAUAUUGACGAUUUUCUUAUUAUAGAUGUCUGUCCAAAUUUUAAAAUUUUAACCAUUUAUUUUCAAGUGAAUAGUUUAUACAUUUUGCAUAAUAUAUUUUUUCAUAUUCAUUGAAAUACUUUGUUGCUUUUCGAAGUGAAAUGAAAUUUAAAAUGAAUAUUUCCUCAAGAAUUUCGUAGAAAGUGUUGAAACAAAUAAAACAAGAUAGCUCUUCAUUUGGCGUGAUGAAAUGCAUGUAGAAAAUAUCAAAUGUUAUGCAAAGUAGAAAAGAAAUAUGCUAUGGAAAGUGUGGUAUUGAUCAUUAAGGGAUGAAAUCUAUCAAAAUUAUUGUCUACAUCUACCAGUUCUUUUUAUUUGUUGCAAAUAGCAAACAUGAUAGGAACCUUUAUACUUUCUCUUUGGGGAAGACUAUAAUAUUUUCACUGCAUGUAUUUUGAACAAUUUUGUGAAAUACUUACUUAUUGGAGGCUCCCAUACAUUUUUAAACUUUUAAGAUUCUUUGGAUGCCAAUAUGUUGAAAUGUUUGCAACAUUUAAUGCAUUUUUCUAUUUUUGUUUUAACUUUUCAUAUUUUUAAAAGUAUAUUGACUAAAUUGCACUUCUUUUUUUAUCGAAGUUUUACAGUAUAUGUCUUCAUUGUCAUCAUCCUGAAUUAAUUUUAUUGACAAUGAAUGAUUCUAUGUUACAUAUAUCAGAUGCUGUAAUCCCAUUACAUGUAUAUUGUACAUUUGUAAUUAGUAUACAUUAUUUUAGAAAAUCAAAACUCGAGAAAAUGUUUAUUUGUCAUUUCAUAAAAUGUAAAUUUUCUAAAUAAAUUCCUCAAAUACAA